UGGCAGUCGAUGUGACAAGAGGACAUACAGCAGGACACUCAGUCCUGGACUUUGUUCUUCACUACAAUUGCCAGUCCCCUAUAUAUACACACAGCCCUGAUACCUGCAGUACACAGUACUACCAGAAACAAGGACACAAGCUCUCUCAAGCAGCAUACAGCCCAGUCAUGAAUGUCUUAGUGCUGCUUGCUCUUACUGUUUUCACUGGGUGCAAUGCCAAUGGCCUGUGGCAGGACCAGUCUCAGCAACAGCUGGACAUGGUGAAAGAUGCAUUCUGGGACUACGUCGCCAAGGCAACACUCACCGCUGAGGACACCCUACAGAAGAUCCGACAGUCAGAGGUGGCACAGGAAGUCAACACCAUGGUCUCUGAGAGUGCUGAUGCUGUGAACCAGUACACCGUGGCCAUGCGUGGUCAGGUGACUCCUCUGACUCAGGACCUGCUGGCAAAGUUUUCCCAGGAGGCCGAGCAGCUUAAGGCUCGUCUGGAGAAGGACCUGAGCACCAUGACAGCCAAGCUGCAGCCCUACUCUGACGAGUGGAAUGCAGACAUCCAGAGGCAGGUGGAGGAGCUGAAAAGGGACAUGACCGCCUACGCUGAGGCCCUGGACUCUGACGCCCUGAAGACCACUCUACUCCAGAAGAGUGAGGAGCUGAAGGGAAGCCUGGAGAAGAGUGUGCAGCAGCUGCAGGCCCAGCUGGGCCCCUACACUGAGGAGCUGAAGCAGAAAAUGGACCAGAACCUGGAAGAGUUCCAAAAGAGCAUGAUUCCCCUGACCCAGAGCUUCCAGACACAGCUGACCCAGAGAACUCAGGAUCUCCAGCAGAACCUGGCCCCCUAUGGAGAGGAGCUGAAGAAGCUGGACCCAUUGGCCCAGGACCUGAAGGCCCAACUAGCUGCUCUCUGGGACUCCUUCACCAAGAAGAUCCAGUAAUCGGACUGGUUUAGGACAGAGUUUGGGAAACCUUGACGUAGAGGACAGUGAAAAGGUGUCAUGUGGAGACCCAAGCAUCAGUGCUCCUGAUUGUGUCACCUUAAAUAAAUAAAUAAUGUUCCUAAAUGUUGCAUUUGCUUGACCUUCAUCCUACCCUGAUAACAGGGACGGUUUACUGAUUAGUCAUUUUCCAUCAAAGUGCAAAAGGGGCAAUAUGUAAAUUUAGGUACCACUAUUAUGUUGUUUCACUGUAUCAGUUAUGGGACUCUCCAUCUCCUGAUAAAGUUAUGUGUGAUCUGA